CAUAAAUAAGACCCUACACGUUUUGCCACCCACUGUUCGGCCAUCUUGCAAACCUUAAAAGGACAUAACCAUGUCGUCCCCGAGGUCGAAACCUAGUCUUUUUUGUCACAAAUACGUACCCAAGUUCGAAACCACACCCUAUUGUGAUGAGCAAUCGAGAAAUGUCACUUGGUCAUCCAAGAUAUGUCAUUGUAGGACCGAUCCACAUAGCUGUUGGACCACGUUCUUUUGCCCAUGCGUCACUUUUGGGAGGAUCGCGGAGUACACGGACCAAGGAUCUUCAUCUUGUGUGGCGAAAGGCGCGCUCUACUGUUUAACGGCUGCUCUGACCUGUUGUUUUGGAGCUUGCUGUUGCGGUUGCUGCAAUCGCAGGAAGAUGAGGAAGCGAUUCGAUUGGGAGCAGAAGCCAUGCCACGAUUGUUCUGUUCAUUGCUUUUGCCAUUGUUGUGCUCUGUGUCAAGAAUACCGUCACCUCCAGAACCUCGGCUAUGACCCUUCCAAAGGAUGGGAAGAAAAUGGGCAGAUGGGUAAUGGCUCAAUAGGGAUGACUCCACCCCAAAGGAUGACAAUUUAGAAAUUUAUGAGGCCAGAUGGCUGAUUAGCGAAGGUCAUACCACAAACAUCCCAAUGUUAGCACACAUUUCAGUAUCAUACGACAUAUUUAUUCUUAAGUCUC